GAUCGUGAUGUAGUAUUAUUAUGUAAUUUAAAACCAGCAGCAAUGCGUGGCAUAAAAUCAUUUGCUAUGGUUCUUUGCGCGACAUCAUCAGAGGGCAAGGUUGAAUUAGUUGAACCACCAGCUGGCUCUCAACCUGGCGAACGUGUAUAUUUUGAAGGCUAUAAAGAUGGUUCUCCCGAACCACAACUUAAUCCUAAGAAAAAAGUUUGGGAGACGUUGCAGCCUGGUUUGCUUACUACAAGUAAUAAAGAAGCAUCCUGGAUUGAUAGCGCAGAUCAAAGUGUUCAUUUACUAAGAACAGAUAAUGGUGUAUGCACCGUUCCUACUGUUGUCAAUGGUUCUAUCAAAUGA